UGUGAGCGCCGCCGCCCCGAGAGGCCGGGAGGGCUGCGCGGGCGAGGGGCGCGCCCCGGCCCCAGGCAGCCCCGGUCGCCAUGGGCAUCCAGGGCAUGGAGCUGUGCGCCAUGGCCGUGGUGGUGCUGCUGUUCAUCGCCGUCCUCAAGCAAUUCGGCAUCCUGGAGCCCAUGUCCAUGGAAGACAGCAGUGACAGUGAGCUAGAACUGUCCACGGUGCGCCACCAGCCAGAGGGGCUGGACCAGCUGCAGGCACAGACCAAGUUCACCAAGAAGGAGCUGCAGUCUCUGUACAGGGGCUUCAAGAACGAGUGUCCCACGGGCCUGGUGGAUGAAGACACCUUCAAACUCAUUUACUCGCAGUUUUUCCCUCAGGGAGAUGCCACCACCUAUGCGCACUUCCUCUUCAACGCUUUCGAUGCCGACAGGAACGGGGCCAUCCACUUCGAGGACUUUGUGGUCGGGCUCUCCAUCCUGCUGCGAGGAACAGUCCACGAGAAGCUCAAGUGGGCCUUUAAUCUCUAUGACAUUAACAAAGACGGCUACAUCACCAAAGAGGAGAUGCUGGCCAUCGUGAAGUCCAUCUACGACAUGAUGGGCCGCCACACCUACCCCAUCCUGCGGGAGGACGCGCCCGCAGAGCAUGUGGAAAGGUUCUUCCGGAAAAUGGACCGGAAUCGAGACGGGGUGGUGACCAUUGACGAGUUUCUGGAGACCUGUCAGAAGGACGAGAACAUCAUGAGCUCCAUGCAGCUUUUCGAGAACGUCAUCUAGGACAUGUGGAGGGGCCUGGGUGUCCAUUGCCACCUCCACCCCAAGAAACCUCAAUCCUGCCAGGAGCCACCUCCAUGAGAAACUUUUUUCUAAUGUAUUUGCAAAAAGUGAACAGUUUGCUCCAGACACACUCACACGCACACACGCACACAUGCACGCACGCAAGCUGUUCCUCUGGGCUGGCAGAGGCCAGGGAGGGGCUGAGUCUGGCUGAGAGCCGGGUCCAGGUGAGAGCUGCACAGGCCCGUGGGAGGAAGCUGCCUCGGGUGGGCAGCUGUCCACAGCCCGCCAGCCAUGGGGUGUUACCAGGAAGGGGCUCAGGCUCCCCUGCGGGGCAGGGCCCAGUCUCCAGAGUAAAGGCCCCUCCUGUGUGAGCCCGCCUCGCCCCUCCUUCCUGCACCCCCCAUCCCACCCCAAGGUGGGCCUGGCUCCGGGGCUCUUCGGGCCUCCUCCUCCCCCCAGCCACUCCCUCCCGCUGCUCUAGGCUCCCAGAAAGCCCCUCACCCCAGGACCCUGGGGGCUGGGACUUGUGACUAGGAAAGAGGUGGUGGUGAGGCAGAGCCUGCUGCUUUCUGGAAAUGCCUCCCUGGGGACCUGGGGCCCUGGGGCCCCUGCCACUCCACUGACCUGGUGGCUGGAGCCUGUACUGGGCUGCCCACCAUGGACAAGGAUGGGUGGUGGGGGCCACCAGGUUCAUUCUCCCUCACUUACAGGAAGGGGGCCUGUCAAGCUCGGGGGCUGGGUCUCCUGUGGAGACUGAAGGGACUGUUUGCCCACUGCACAGGCAGGAGAGCCUUCCCUCUUCUCAGUCUCGGCUCAGUGGGAGUGUGGUGGGUGGAGCUGCCCACAUCCCCCCAGCACAGGCCUGCUCUCCCCAAGGUCCUCUUAAGUCCUGGGAGGAGGUCACAUGGCUCAGGGACUGGCAGCCAGGAGCCCGGGGGCAGUGCUCGGGGGACCUGGGAGGGGCCCCUCCCUCCCUCUCCCCCUCAGCCCAUCGCCCUUGGCUCAGCCCCUCUCCCGAAGCUGGGUGGCUGCCUCUCUGCUCAGGCUUAACCCGACCCCCUACAAAAAGCACAAGCACCCCCGGCAGCUCAGGCCACAGCCCCUGAGGGGAGCCUAGGACGCUCGCUUUUCGCAGGCAGGGCCCUUCUGGUCGGCUGAGGCCUGGGUCCCAGUGGCCCCUAUCUGGGUGGCCCUGGGGAAGAAGCUCAGGGGUCUGUUCUGUGCCUCAGAGCAGUGGGGACUCAAAGGCCAUCCCAAUCCGGCCCAGCUCACCAACAUUCAAAAGCACAAACCCCGGGGACUCUGCUUGGCUGGGGUCUACUCUGGGGAUAAGGGCCAAUGUCAGCCCAAAGCCAGAGCCAACAGUGAGAGCAAAGGAGCCUGUGGCCGGACAGCAGGUCAACAGAAACCUCCAGGGGGAGAGAGAGAUGUGAAAAGGAAUCCAGUCCCGGGCAGCAUGGGCCCUUCGGAGGAACAUUCCCACAAGACACAUUCCAUCGCUGCAGCCCGCCUCUGCACAGGCCAGCCCCGGGAUCCCUGGGUACCCCCCGGAGGCUAGACCCAGGGUGAGCAGGGCCCUCACAGGAAAAUGGGAUGGCAGAGGCCGUGGGGGCCCCUCAGCACCCACACACACAUGGGCCUCCCCUCGGAGCUGCACUGACACCAUCUCCAGUCUGACGGGGGGGCCUCUCCCCUCCUCCAGGAGGGCAUCAGCUUUCCCUAGCUCAGGGAUCUCCCCCCAGCCCCCAGCCUGGCCCUCCCAGCUGGUGAUGCUCUGCUUCUUAGGGGCCAAGUCCUCAGGAGAGGGUCACCACCGUGCCCCUGCCCCCAGCCUCAGGGCCAGACUGGCUGUAGGUCCAACCAAGAGCGGUCUGUCUUCCACACUGGGACAGGGACUGGCCACAUAUCUGCAUGGCAGAAGCAUCUCCCUUGGGCAUGGCCUGGGAGGGUGGUUCCUGUUCUGAGUGCCCACCAAUAUUCAGUCCUGUAUAUUUUAAUAAAAUAAACCUGACAAAGGAAA